AAAAACACCAAAAAAACGAGAAGCUCUGCAACCAAAAACGGCCACUUCGCUCCCUUCUACUUUGGCUGCAAAUCUCUUAAACCCUAGCCAAACCAAUAUGCUUCUCCAGCCUUCUUCCUUGCUGAAUCAUCGUGUUUCUCUCUCGUCGACGUCGUCUUACUCUCGACAGCUCCCUUGCCAGGUUCCCCAGCUUAUCCUUUCCCAAACCCAAAGUUACCAGAAGCUCCCAGUCACAUGCUCCAUUUCUCAAAUUCAUAGCUAUGGAACGGUAGACUAUGAAAGAAGACCCAUGAUCAAAUGGAACGCUAUAUACAAGAAAAUAUCGCUGAUGGAGAACCCUGAAUUGGGUUCUGCGUCUGUGUUGAAUGAAUGGGAGAAAGGAGGUAGGAAGCUCACCAAAUGGGAACUUUGUAGGGUUGUCAAGGAGUUGCGGAAGUACAAGCGUUACAAGCAAGCUCUUGAGGUGUAUGAUUGGAUGAACAACAGAGGAGAGAGGUUUAGAUUGUCUGCUAGUGAUGCUGCAAUUCAGUUAGACCUUAUUGCUAAGGUGCGUGGAGUUUCAAGUGCUGAAGAUUUCUUCGUUCAACUCCCAGAUACUAUGAAGGACAAGAGGAUAUAUGGGGCUCUUCUGAAUGCCUAUGUGCGGGCUAAAAUGCGAGAUAAGGCAGAAACAUUAAUUGACAACAUGAGGGGUAAAGGUUAUGCCAUGCAUCCCCUUCCAUUCAAUGUGAUGAUGACCCUCUAUAUGAACCUCAAGGAGUAUGAUAAAGUUGAGUCCAUGGUUUCAGAAAUGAUGGAAAAAAACAUACGCCUGGAUAUAUAUUCCUACAACAUCUGGUUGUCAUCUUGUGGAUCCCAAGGAUCUGUCGAAAAGAUGGAAGAAGUAUAUGAGCAGAUGAAACAAGAUCAAAGCAUCAACCCGAACUGGACAACAUUUAGCACAAUGGCAACGAUGUACAUCAAGAUGGGACUGACUGAAAAAGCUGAAGAAUGCUUGAGAAAUGUGGAGAGUAGGAUCACUGGUCGGGAUCGUAUACCUUAUCACUAUCUUAUUAGUCUUUAUGGUGGUGUUGGUAACAGAGAGGAGGUGUAUCGGGUAUGGAAGGUUUACAAAUCUAUUUUCCCCAGUAUUCCAAAUUUGGGUUUUCAUGCCGUGAUCUCAUCUCUGGUUCGGGCUGGUGAUAUUCAAGGGGCAGAAAGGAUUUAUGAGGAAUGGCUGACAGUUAAAACAUCUUAUGACCCUAGAAUAGCAAAUCUUCUCAUGGGGUGGUAUGUUAAAGAGGGAAAUUUGGAUAAAGCUGAGAGCUUAUUCAGUCACAUAGCUGAAGUGGGAGGAAAACCAAAUUCAAGCUCAUGGGAGAUUCUUGCUGAAGGGCAUAUCCUAGAGAAGAGAAUUCCCGACGCAUUGUCUUGCUUGAAGGAUGCUUUUGCAACUGAGGGGUCAAGGGGUUGGAGGCCGAAACCCACCAGUGUCUCCGCCUUCUUUAACCUCUGUGAGGAAAAGGCAGACAUGGCAAGUAGGGAGGUUUUUGUGGGAUUGUUAAGGCAAUCAGGAUGUCUCAAAAAUGAAGCUUAUGCAUCUCUCAUUGGCUUAUCUGAAGAAGCUCUCAGUGAAAGUGAAUUGCCAAGGGACAAAAAUAGAAAAAGCAGUUAUAGUUCCAGUGACGAGAAUCAGGAUGAUGGUUCUGAGGUGCUUAUCAACCAACUGCAGGGCACUGUGUGAUAUGCCUAUUGCCUUUUUGUAGAGGGAUGCUUGAUGUUUAAAUCUUAGGUGCAGGGAAAGUUUUUAUCUAUCUAUGGAAGUCAUGAGCGAGGGAAUAUCCACUGAUGUCAGCAAGGAAGGUAUUUCUCCAUCUCCAUGCAUUUCUGCAGGGGGAGCUUCACUUGGCAGAAGGAAAAACCCACCUUGUCCGAGGUCUGGCUGGAGGAGCCCUUUUCUACAACUCCCAGUUCCGGAUGUAUGAAUUUUCAAAUUUAAGCUUGUGUAGCUGCUCAAAGUGGCAGAAUUCCUCCCAUUUGUGAAAGGAAUAUGGGUAAUUUAACAAGCUUAUGACUUAAAAAUCCAGACAUGAAUCAGAUUGAAAUUCUACACAUAUUAUCUGAUGAUAAGCUGAUUGAA